AUGACUAUCAAAGAGGUUCAUACUCACCAGCCGCCAAAGCAACAUGAGCCCUACACCAAGAUCAGAUGGGCGCCCUUCAACGUUCCGGCUAAACGCCGCUGGCAAACUCUUGUUGUCUUGCUGCACUGUCUCUGCAUCGGGCUAUCCGUAUCCAUCUUCUUCGCUUUCUGCGCCAACCCUUUCGCCUGGCCUCUCAUACUCGUGUAUCUGAUGCACUUGCUCACAUCAAGCGCGGCAACCGACGGCUCACUCAGGUACCGGUCGGAGUGGUUCCGGAGCAGCUACGUCUGGGAUCUCUUUGCCGGAUACUUCCCCGCACGACUUCACAAAACCCAUGAUCUGCCGCCCACAAGGAAGUAUAUCUUUGGCUACCACCCCCAUGGUAUCAUUUCUCAUGGCGCCUGGGCCGCAUUCGCGACUGAGGCUCUGGGGUUCGCCGAAAAGUUUCCUGGCAUCACCAACAGCUUGCUCACCUUGGACAGCAACUUCCGCAUCCCGAUUUAUCGCGACUAUGUCAUGGCAAUGGGUCUUCGCUCUGUGUCCAAGGACUCCAUCGCCAACAUUCUGACGAGGGGAGGCCCAAACAACGAGGGCAUGGGCAGGGCCGUGACCAUUGUCAUAGGUGGGGCUCGUGAGUCCCUCGAAGCGCAGCCCGGACAGCUGCGUCUUAUCCUGAAAGAGCGCAAGGGCUUUAUCAAACUCGCAGUUCGCACAGGUGCUGAUCUCGUCCCUGUUCUGGCAUUUGGCGAGAACGAUCUGUACGACCAGCUCCGCCCCAAGGAGCAUCCUGUAGUGCACAAGAUCCAGAUGUUCAUCUUAAAGGUAUGGAAGUUUACGCUGCCUUUCUUACACGGCCGAGGCAUCUUCAACUAUGAUGUCGGGCUUAUGCCGUACCGUCACUCCUUGAAUAUUGUCGUCGGCGCACCAAUCAAGGUGCAACAGUACAAACGGAUUGAUGACCAAGAGAUCGAUCGCCUACAUGAACUGUACGUGGAGGAGUUAUUGAAGCUUUGGGACCGGUACAAGGACGAGUUUGCAGGGGAUAGGCAGGAGGAAUUGGAAAUUCUGUAA